AUGCGAUGGUUAUAUGAGAAUUCAGCAAAAUUCUACGUCAGACAGAGAAGGAUUGAAGAAUAUUUUAUAAAACCCCAGUUGUAUCAUCACAGUGUGAAAGGAACAAGAGCAGCUAGUACAUUAGGGGAGCAGUAUGUAGAUACAGAUGAUGUGCAGGAAGAGAAAGAAGCAAUACAGUACGAAGUAGUGCUGAUGGCAAGUCAUCAGGCAGCAACAGCGGACGACAACAGCAGCAGUUGGAGCAGCACGGCACACAGUAAUGCAUUUUGCAUGUUGUGUGUAUGGUUGCCCGAUAGCAUGAUAGCCCAAUGUGUCGAAGUUUUCGUGCAGUCGAUAAGUCACCAUUCCCGAGCUUGUACAUUAAGAGCAGUAAUUGAGCAAGCAUCUAAUAGCUGUUAG